ACUCAAGUAUACAGGUUACAAAGCAAGGCUUAUCAUCAUUUCCUGCACCAGUGCAAUAUGAAUACCAGUCUAAGAAAACAAGAAAAGGAAGAAAAAAAAGAAAAAGUCACACAUCUGGAAUGGGAAGAGGUAAACAGCAGUUUUAUCAGCAAUGAUCUGAAUCAAGCCUCGAUCAUCAGGACCUCCACCCUUCUGUUGUGCAGCAUGUGGAUCAUUGACAACAGCCCCCCACGUCUGACAGGCCUCUCGGGAGCCGUGCCCCCUCUGCUAGCACCAUCUGCUCACGUGACUCCCACAGUCCUCCUCAGCAUCACGACAGCCAUCUUGGUCAACAUCCUCCCUCUUGCAGUGUGUGCAGCCAAUCCAGUUACUACAAGCAGGGCUGUGAGGGAGGGAGAGAGUGAGAGAGAAAGAGACAUCUCUGAUUGUAGCUCCACUGAGGCUCACGCAGCAUUUCAAUCCUCUGGCUGUGCAGAGCCAGACCAGAGAGCAGACGAGUCUUUAUUCACAUGGUGGAUUUUAGCUGUUGUUGCUCAUUCACAGGACAAGGCUAUUUAGCCACAGAAAAAUAGCAUCCCUUCUGUCAGGUUUGCUGUGGACUGCUGUUUUCUCUUCCCUUGCUUCCUUUGUUUUCUUGGUCUCUCUCCUUUUUCCUUUGUAGUGGAGAAGAUUAUCGGUUGAACUGUACUUUUGUGUUAUUAUUAUUUCAUUUCUUUGUUGGUGUUUUACACUGCGUCUGACUCUUCGCUGAGGGCCGCCUCUGGAAGUGUUGUUGUUGUCGCAGCUAUCAGCUGAGUCACCAUGUCUGAUCUGACGCCCCAGAGUGAUGCCCCCACCCCCACUACAGACAAGAUCACACAGGCUGCCAGAGAGACCAUCUACCUAUGCAACUUCCGCGUGUCGGUGGAUGGGGAAUGGCUGUGCCUGCGCGAGCUGAAUGACAUCUCGCUCACACCAGAUCCUGAGCCGGCUCAUGAAGAUCCUAAGGACCCCAUUGCCAUCGAGAGGCUGAACCUGAUGAACAUGGCCAAGCUGAGCAUUAAGGGCUUGAUUGAGUCUGCACUGAACCUGGGUCGCACACUGGACUCAGACUACGCCCCACUACAGCAGUUCUUUGUUGUCAUGGAGCACUGCCUGAAACAUGGACUUAAAAGUAAGAAGACGUUCCUUGGUCAAAACAAGUCUUUCUGGGGUCCUUUGGAGCUGGUUGAAAAGUUGACUCCAGAGGCUGGGGAGAUCACAGCCAGUGUCAAAGACCUUCCUGGGCUAAAAACCCCAUUAGGUAGAGGCAGAGCAUGGCUUCGCCUAGCCUUGAUGCAGAAGAAGCUCUCAGACUACAUGAAGACCAUCAUCAACAGAAAAGACCUGCUCAGUGAAUUCUAUGAGCCCAAUGCUCUAAUGAUGGAGGAAGAAGGAGCAGUGAUUGCUGGGCUGUUGGUCGGGCUGAACGUCAUUGAUGCUAACUUGUGUAUGAAAGGAGAAGAUUUAGACUCACAGGUUGGAGUUAUAGAUUUUUCCAUGUAUCUGAAAGACGGAGCCCACAGCAGUAAGAGUACUGAGGGUGAUGGGCAGAUCACAGCUAUUCUCGACCAGAAGAAUUAUGUAGAGGAACUGAACAGACAUUUAAGUGCAUCAGUGAAUAACCUGCAAGCCAAAGUGGAUGCACUGGAAAAGUCCAACACAAAACUUACAGAGGAGCUUGCCGUCGCAAACAACAGGAUCAUCACUCUACAGGAGGAAAUGGAAAGAGUGAAGGAGGAAAGCUCAUACUUAGUGGAGUCCAGUCGCAAGGCCUUAAGGACAGAUGGUACUGCAAAUGGUCAAGUUCUUGGAGAAACUCGCAAACAGCUCAAAGAGGAGACUCAGCUCAGACUGGAUGUAGAGAAGGAGCUGGAGGUGCAGAUAGGGAUGAAGCAGGAGAUGGAGUUAUCCAUGAAGAUGCUGGAAAAAGACAUCUGUGAAAAACAUGAUGCUCUGGUGGAACUGAGACAGAAGUUAGAUGACCUGCGUACAAUCAAUCAUGAGCUUUCCGCCAAGUCACAGAGCUCAGAGGCCAAUGCAAAACAGAAGAGUGACAUCAUCAGCCGCUUGGAGGAGAAAGCAAACCAGAUGGCGAGCAUUAUUAAACAACUGGAGGGCAGUGAGAAAGACAUGGCUAAACAAGCACGAAACCUGAACACAGUUGCUGGAAAACUCCUUCAGAGGCCACAAUAAAAUGAUCGCAAACACCGGAUAUUUUCCAAAAAAGCCUAAAUAAAAAAAAAAAUCUGAUCUUCAGUUUAAUUUUGCAUAACAUAGAUGACUAGGGUAUUUAUUUUAUUACUGGGGUUCAAAUGCGUUGCCGUUAUUUUGUCUUAUGGACUGAAAAUGACGAAUUUUGCUUCUGUGUCCCCCAGCACCAUCUCUCAAUAUUGUACUCCUAAUUUAGUGCUCCUGUCUAUAGUCUCCCUCUGUGUGUUUUAGCAGAAGUAAAAUGCAGCUGUUUUGGCCGAUCAUAGAACUGGCCUGUGCCUAAAUCCAGGUUGGGGAUGGCCCUGGUGACCAUCUUAGAUUGGUUUGGGUCAGAUAUGUAACUUUUUAGUGAUGGCAGUGCAUCUCUAUUAUAUCUCUAUUUCUCAAUACUGAAAAAGAGGCAAACAAAGCUGGUGCUUUAGAAAAGUCAUAAAUCUGUUGAACACAGCAUGGGGAUGCAAAAUCAUCCUAACAAAAACGUACAAUCUUUUAUAUUUGAACGUAUGCAACCCCAUAUUUUAAGGUUAAUUUGUUAUCUUUCCUUGACCAUGUUAGAAUUGAAAACUUGGACCUAAAUAUUUGACCAACUUGCUUUAAAGGGAAAGUUCACCCAAAAAUGAAAACUCUGUCAUCAUGUUGUUCCAAACCCAUAUGAAUUUAUUUCUUCUGUGGAACACAAACAGAAAUAUUAAAGAUGAAAGAGAGUCAUAUGUGUUUGGAACAACAUAAGAGUGAGUAAAUGAUGAAAUAAUUUUCAUUUUUGGGUGAACUUUCCAUUUAAAUUUAAAGAUGUUGAGUGCUAGGAUGGAUGCCCAAGCUAAACAAACUAAUUGAGUAUGACUCUUCAAAGCAUAUUCAGAGGGUUAUGUUAGCUUGUUUUGCAAGAAAUGAUGUUGAGUGCAAGAUUGUGUGCCUGGAUUAUUCUAAAGCUUGAUGUAAACUUAAUUACAACUUUAAUUUGAUGCAGUGGAAGUCGAUGCCAAAUGUCAAAGCUUUGGAAAGAUGUUUGAAAAAUGAAUUUGACGCCAAGCUUUACGGAUUCUACAAAAGUCUGGGUGAUGAAAUCCUCUAAAUUGUGAAUGGACUGAAGUGUAUGUAGACAUAAUAUAGAUGUGAACUGUAGUACAAACAUAGCUUAAUAAAAAACCAAUUAGACACU